AUGGACGAGAUCAAGUGGCCCCUGCGGUUGCUGCAAAUAUUGCGCAAUCAUUUGGAGCAGGUGGAUCAUCCCCAUGAACCGCGAACAUUACCGAUUGCAGCCAAGUGCGGUCAGGGAGGUGUGCUUGCAUUCCUGACGGAUGUUGAUGAUGAUGUUAGGCGUCGUACCGGAGCUUCGGAGUGCAUCACGGCGUGCUGUCGUGGACUUGUGUUAGAUAUGAUUGAGCAGUGCUGCACUCUGCUGUUCCUUUCUUCGAAAGAGAGGCGGGUCAUUAAUAUGGCCGCUGUUCAGCGUGAAAAGCGUGUGGUUGCGCGUGGCGUAGGGAAACGCCGACGGGGGGAUCAGGGGGAAACGACAGAAGAAACUGCUAUAGGUGAGACGGACAAUUCGCAGCGCAAGUGUGCUGCUGUAUUACCAUUGGAGUACCUUCUCCGUUUGUUUGUGGCACUUCCGUCUCUGCUUGCGCAUUAUGAUAAAUUAGGUGGGUCUACGAUGCCGGCUGCGUUUAAGCAGCCCCUCUGGAAUUAUGUGAAUGCCGUUCUCGAUAUCAUGAAGGACAUGACAUUUCUUGACCCAUCGGAAUACAUACCCCUCCGAUAA